UGUAUGGACGGGUGCGGCUGAGUGAAUAAAAUCAUUGCCUGUCCAAGAUUAUAUAUAACAGAAUCUAACUACAUGUAUACUGUAUGUCAAGUAGUAGGCGCAAUUCGUUUCGGUUGAGUUCACGAAAUGACCUUCAAAAUAUGAUGGUAUUAAUUAAAACAAAUUUGCUGACUUUUGCAUUCAUCUAAUUAGUUUAUCUAGUCACGUGAUAUGUAUGGUCAUGUGAUCUUUGCACUUUCGCUUAAAGUUGGUCAUGUGAUCAAAUUAUUCGACACACGAUCGUGAAGCCAAUUUUGGGUAGCGCGCCGAUCGUCUGUCACUCACUGCACGCAAUUCAGUUACUUUGUGAGCUUGGCAUCACUGGAAAUUCAGGCCAGAAUUACUGUCUGAGCUGCAGUCUACUCCUUCCUCCAUGCUCUAACCACUAAAGGUGGAGUUGUUGAGGGAUUUGCGGCGUGUAAAGAGAUUGUUUCCCCGCCGUACCGCCAGUGAUAAACAACAAUGGCCGCGUCUGCUACGCUACUCUCGUUUAUUUCCAUGUGUAUCGUCCUUGCCGCAGUUCCGCAGUGCCUCGGCAGAAGAGGCAAGUACAAGUACGAGCCAAACUGGCCCUCCAUCGACUCCAGACCCCUGCCUUCAUGGUACGAUGAGGCCAAAUUUGGCAUCUUCAUGCACUGGGGAGUCUUCUCCGUGCCCAGCUUCGGCUCCGAGUGGUUCUGGUGGCAUUGGCAGGGUAAACCCCUGGCGCCUUACGUCGAGUUCAUGAAGAAGAAUUACCGGCCUGGGUUUACCUAUCCCGACUUCGCUCCCAUGUUCACGGCUGAGUUCUACGACCCUAAGACAUUCGCUGAGAUUAUCGACGCAUCGGGUGCCAAGUAUGUUGUGUUGACCAGCAAACAUCACGAGGGUUUCACCAACUGGCCCUCCAAGUAUUCCUGGAACUGGAACUCCAUGGACGUUUGUCCUAAAAGAGAUCUUGUUGGUGAUUUGGCAACAGCAAUUCGGAACUACACCAAAGAUGUCCAUUUUGGACUGUACCACUCGCUGUUUGAAUGGUUCAAUCCGCUGUAUCUGCAAGACAAGAAAGGUGGAUUUAGCACCCAAACGUACACCUUGGAUAUCUGCUUGCCAGAGUUGCAUGAGAUAAUUGAGAAUUACAAACCCGAUGU